AUACGCUCGGUUUGUUUUGCCACGCAUGCAACAUACCUUAGCUCAAAUUGCAAUCAUUUCGCAGGAAUUUAAUGAAACGGCUUGGAAAUAAUGAACUCGCAUAAAAUAUUUAUGAUCUGGUGUGGUUUUCUCCUCUGAGUUUACUUCUCACAGAUAGAAAUCAUGUCUUAUAACUCAGACGAUGUCCGGCAACAUAAAGACGAAUCAAGUGCAUGGAUAACUCACAAAGGACGUGUCUUCGAUAUAACUGAAUUUUUGAGCCGUCACCCUGGGGGGAAACAGGUUUUGCUGCCAAAACUUGGAAGCGAUGUCACUGAACUCAUGCGAGAUCCGCAAAUACACAAACACACGAAUUUGGCAUAUAAUAUGCUGUCAAAAUACUAUAUUGGCAAGUUGAGGAUCGAGGGUGAUUAUAUUGACGAUGAUGAACCACUUAAGAUGGAAGGUUAUAGAGAGAAUGAAUUAGUUGACUGGAGUAAACCAAUGGUUGCUCAAGUUGGUAAACUCGGUUCAGAGUACAUGAAAUGGGUUCAUUCUCCUGUCAAUAAACCAUUACGCUUGUUUGGUCCGGACUUUGUUGAAUUCUUUUCCAAAACCCCUUGGUAUGUGGUGCCUAUGAUCUGGUUGCCUGUGGUAAUUUACAUAUCCUUUGUCGGUGCAAGUCAACUUGCUAGAGAGCUUCCAAGCUUUUUGACCAAUAACUUCUUUCUUCUGGUCGUAUUUUUUUGUUUGUUCAUGAUGGGAUUGUUUCUGUGGACGUUCAUCGAAUAUGUCCUUCAUCGUUACGUGUUUCACAUUUCACCACCUGAUAAUUCACCAUUCUGGAUAACAUUUCACUUUUUUAUCCAUGGUCAACAUCACAAGGUCCCAUUUGACAGCAACCGUCUAGUAUUUCCACCCGUAGCUGCAUCUGUAUUUGCAAUCUUCUUUUAUAGCUUUUUAACUUUCUUGUUACCACAUGGUAUUGCUAACUGCUUGUUUUCUGGUGGUCUGUUUGGUUAUAUCUUGUAUGAUUGCAUUCAUUAUUACCUUCAUCAUGGUUCACCAGACCGAGGGAGUUACCUUCAUGGCCUCAAGAGCUAUCAUGUUGCACAUCAUUUUGAAGAUUCCUUCAAAGGUUUUGGUAUAUCAAGUAAAAUUUGGGAUUAUCCAUUCAAUACAGUCCCUAUCAAAUAUCAAUGAGCACCUUUUAAAUGACUGCAAUUUUAAAAGUGAAGAUUCCAAGUUACUAUUAAACUACAUUUUAUGUUGGCUUUACGUAAGGAAGUAUUCAUAGAAAUGGAAGAGAACAGUGUUAGUCAAUGACGAAGCAAACUUAUUUAUCUAGUCCUGGAACCAGUUGCAAGAUAGUAGUGGCUCCCCGACAGUAAUAUUUUAAAAAUUUCUUAUGAAGAAAAAUGCUACGAUUUAGACUGGACAGUCAACAGAAAAGCUCCAUUUUUGUGAAGAAAAUAUGACGACCAUUCUAUGGUCACUUCCCCCUGCGUAAAUUUGGCUGAGGCGUUUUAUUUCUGUGCCGAUAAUUAUGCCCUUCUUUUGCGCCAUCACAAUUGAUUAGGUAUAAUUGUUUUAACCUAGAACUUGUAGCUGUCUGCUAAACUAUUUGGUUCUGUGUUUUCAACUAUACUAAAAUGUCUUUUAAAAUUUGCAAGAGUGUUGUGGCUGUUGAAAAGUCUUUAGACCGAAUUUGUAAUCAGGAUUUCAAAUUUCAAAAUACUUGCUUUAUCCGUUUUUUUAAUUCAUCUUUUUCUGGGAAAAUCGCCUCAGCCUUGCGUAAAUCAUAGAAAAAAUAAUGAUAAUUUAAUCAAAAUAAACAAUAAGUAAGACUGAACUUACAGGUUAGCUAUACUACUCCUGUCAGUGAAACAAUAAUUUAUGUGUAUUUGAAGAAAUUAAUUAAUAAUGUAUUAUUUUUAAUUCUUCAA